GCCCCGCAGAAGCGCCGCUCCGCGGGUCUCCGCCGCCCGCGAGGUGGACCUGCAGCCGGACUGCUGGGCUGGGGGGUGUAACGCGAGCAGACCUGGUAUUAUGUGCUCAGGUACUGGACUCUUCUCAAUCCCCCGAUCUCUACGGUGAAUGGGACAGGCUGUGUAUCACUGUUCAUGCUGUUUUACACUGACUGCUAGCAAGGUGUGAGUGAGAGACAAGUGCAAUGAAUGAAACCGCAGAGUUGCCAGCGGAUGGGAAUUCUCUCAUACGAGCGGUCUACCAAAGCCGCCUUCGCCUCACCAGACUGCUACUGGAGGGCGGCGCCUACAUUAACGAGAGCAAUGACAGAGGUGAAACUCCAUUAAUGAUUGCUUGUCGCACAAAGCACGUGGACUCCCAGAGUGUCAGCAAGGCAAAAAUGGUUAAAUAUCUACUGGAAAACAAAGCAGAUCCAAACAUACAGGACAAAUCUGGAAAGACAGCUUUGAUGCAUGCUUGCUUAGAAAACGCAGGCCCUGAAGUGAUUUCUCUGCUACUGAAAAGUGGAGCUGACCCAAGCCUACAAGAUCACUCUAACUGCUCUGCCCUAGUGUAUGCAAUAAACUCCAAAGACAAAGAGACCCUGAAAGUUCUUCUUAAUGCCUGCAGAGCAAGAGGAAAAGAAGUAAUCAUCAUCACCACAGACAAGUCUCCAUCUGGAAAACAGACAACUAAACAGUACUUAAAUGUGCCUCCUGCUGACUCUGAGGAAUGCUGUUCCCCAAGUGCUUGCACUUCCCCGUCGGAAAUAGAACUGAAAACAUCUCCAUCUCCACUUUCAAGUUCAAAGGAAAGUGAAAAAGCACUUUUCAGCUUUAAAGAGCUGGAUCAUCCAAGAAGCACAGACAAUUCAUCUGAACCAGUUUCACCUACUAGAAAAUCUAGUUCAACACAUACAGGAUCCAAGCUGGUACAAGCACAGCGGCUACAGUCUGAGUCUUGGAAAAAGAGCUCUCCUUCACUCUUUCACCAGAACAAAGUUGCCUCUUUGCAAGAACAACUUCAGGAUAUAACUCCAGAAGAAGAGCUCUCUUUUAAAAUCAAUGGCCUUGCCCUAUCAAAGAGAUUUAUCACCAGACACCAAAGUAUUGAUAUAAAAGACACUGCUCAUUUAUUGAAAACUUUUGAUCAAACUGGAUCGAGGGAAUUAUCAUAUGAUGAAAUAAAUUCUCAGACUCUUUAUGCCGAAGGGAAACAGAAUCCUAGUGGGAUUUCUAUGGGUGAGGAUUCUGAUUUGGGACAGAUCAGUUUCAUUUCAACCCUGAGAAGUAUUAUUCAGAAAAGAAAUUUAGGAGCAAAUCACUACAGCUCUGAUUCUCAGUUAACUACUAGUCUGGGUCCUGCAACCACAGAAGAUAUUAAAUCGGCGAUAGGAAAGAAAAAGAUUCUUUCUCCAUCUCCUGCUUUGUUAUCAAGUUCUAGGGAAUUACUAGAGAACAUGCCGCCUGUUCCUCUGAGCAGAAGAAAUCAAGCUUUUCUAGAAAGACGAGGUUCAGGAACCUUUUUGUUGGAUCAUAUUGCUCAAACUAGACCAGGUUUCCUUCCACCUUUAAAUGUUAAUCCUCACCGCCCAAUUUCAGAUGUUAGUUUCAUAAACAAGGUUUCUGGGAUGAUUUCUUGUGGACAAAAAAACUUGGUACCAACAGCACCUGCUUUCCCUAAGGAGACCAGAAAUCAGAAAAUUCUAGUAAGGAGGCAGUCAUUACAAACUGAGCAGAUCAAGCAACUAGUAAAUUUUUAACAGAAGAUUAAAAGGUAACAAAAUCUUUACAGUACAUACUCACAAUUCUGUCUGAUCGUAAUGAUACACAUCACAAAAGACGGAUCAGUAAUGUAAGGCUCUUAGCUAGCUCUCUACCUUGGAAUGAGGUAAAUAGCUUAGAUACUACAUGAAAAGCUAUGGUCAGCUAAUGAUGAUGCUUUCGGCAAACUGAGAAAUAUUUAUUAUAUUGUUUUCAUAAUGUUUUCGAAUUCAGCAUUGAAAUGUUACUCACGAUGUCUCAAUCCACAAAGGCUAAAUCCUUAGGCAUUUUAGUUCUCGUUUUUACAUUGGAACCACCCUACCUCCAUGUUUUCCCAAAAUGUUUACUCUUUUCCCACCCAGAAAUGUUGUACAGGUGGAAUUUGGGAACUUCAGACAUUUGGCUGGGAUGCUGGACAUCAGUAGCUCUGGCCAAAUUGCGUGAUAUCCAGAUAUCCCAGAUAAAAUCAGGCUUAUGCUUGUACACAAAAGGUGGGCAGCGGCAACUGAAUAUAGGCAGUGUCUUCUGGCUUUGGUGGCUUUAUUGCAUGUAAACGAAUGAGCUGCAGUACACACAGUAAAUAAAGUUCAUGUUACAGGCUUAUAUGCAUAAAUAUGUCCAGAAAAUUCCAGAUACAAAGUGAGAGCCUAUUUUAGACUCCUUGCUGCCCCCUGCAAAUCAAUGUGAUACAUCAGACCCUGGAUAACUCAAAUUCACUGUAUAGCACAUAGCAACAGUCAGGCACAAAUCAAGAAGCCAGCAUGCUGAACAAGAAGUUCUGUCUAAUCUCUUGAUGUCAGCUAUGUGCUUCAGUCAACUUCAGAGUCUCAGGCUGUUUCCUUC